AGGCGUAGGGAGCAGCGGAUCAGGCUGCAGUUCUCACGGCAGCAGUCAGGACGUCUAGCUGAGCGUUUGCUUGGAAAAUAUCUGCUGAGCAUAAUGACAGAACAGUGUGGGAACCAGCAGACGUCGCAGGAGGAUGCCAGGAAAUGUAGCAGAGGAGCUGCAAAGCAUGAAGAAAGGGAUUCUCAUUCAGAUACAGAAGCUGUGGCAGAGGAGCAGCAAAGAUUGAGCAGGAUGUGCAGUGAACCACUGCAGGCUGCUGAUCAGGAGCAGCCGGAGCUAACAGGGAGGAGAAAGCCAGUGUUAGUCAGGUCAAAGACCUUCGACCAUUCUCUCCUGACUCAGGUGCAGACAGACCCAGACUCCAAGAUCGAGAGGAAGAAGUCUCACUACAGCCAGCUUUCGAAGACCAACUGCCAGUACCAUAAAAUAUUUAAGGAGAUCAGCAAAGAAGAACAGCUCAGACAGAGUUACACCUGUGCUCUUCAGAAAGACAUCCUCUACCAAGGACGCAUGUUUGUCUCCGACCACUGGAUCUGCUUCCACUCCAAGGUGUUUGGAAAAGAUACCAAGGUCGCCAUCCCAGUGGUGUCCAUCAAAAACAUCAAGAAGACCAAAACUGCCAUCCUGUUGCCAAACGCUCUGGUGAUCGCCACCACAAAUGACAGGUACGUCUUUGUGUCCUUCUUGUCCAGAGACAACACCUACAAGUUUUUGAUGUCGAUCUGUCCUCAUCUGGAGGGGAAGAGUCCAUGCAGCAGCCCCAUUCCCUCCUCAGCUGAAAACAGCUUUAGAAGUCGGAGGUCACCGCUAUCGCCUCGCUUUCCUCUGAGUGAAUUCAGCGACCUGGAUGGAGCGAUGAGACACAGGAGGCAGGAGAUGGAGGAGAGCAGCAGCUCUGACUCUCAGGUUCCAGACUAUGAGAAGAUAGAAGAGUUCACCGUUCCUCCAUUCCUGGAUAUGCUGAAGCGCACAGACAGUGCAUCAUCUCCAGACCACCAGCACAAAGUGAAGAACCCACAUCUGAACCAGCAGGGUCCAGACAACAAGCAGCACUCCAAGCACCACCGAGGCUCGGAUGUGGUGAUUGACAGCAGGUGUCUGAAGCCAGUUUCUCUCAACACUCUGCUGAUGGUCUACAUGUUCCUAGUGUGCACCCUGGUCUUGUCUUCAUGUUACCUGGCGUUUAAGAUCAUCUCACUGGAGCAGAGACUGACAACGCUCGGCGCUGUGGCCGAGUUCACACACCCGGAAAACAAUUUUCUGAGUGGGUCCGCUGACGUAGGCACAAAUCUUUUAUCUGAACUGCUAACCAUCAACCUGAUGAAGCUGGAGAAGGUGCAGAAGAACCUGCAAAGACUGCUGGAGGAAGCUGCCUGAAAGUACAGAAAACCAGUAUAAGCACAGUGAAAGUCAUAUAUAUUAUUUUUGUAAAUAUAGUGUAAAUAUGUAUGUUUGUUAUUAAAAAAAAAUAACACUACUGGAAUGUAUUCUGCCCUAUGAAGCCAAAAUACAGUAACUACUGUAUAUAUUUGGUCAAAUAUACCCAACGUCUGGGUUUAUAUUUGUUACUUACAUACUUUUGUAUUAUUUCAAGACUUUUUGUGCUCCAAAUGUGUAAUUGAAAGUGAAGUCACAGCUAGCAUUAACAGCAGCAUUCUAUGUUAGUUUUUUCAGAAACUCCCUGACAUUGGUAUCAAGUUCCUGUACUAUUGUCUGUCUUUGUAGGGCAGCAACUAUAAUGAUACACACAAAAUAAAUCCUUUUAAAAGAGAGAAACAUUAAUGCUAAAAAUGGUCCCCUCUGGUGAAAUUUGAACUGUUUUGCAGGGCUGCACAUAAGUGGUCCGCAGGUGCGCAUGC